UUAAAGAAACGCACUUCCGAAAUCCCCACACACGCGUCGAUGAAUUUGCACCAUCACUGCAAGCUUUCCAGAGACAGACCGUUGCUAUGAGCUUCUCAACUGAAGAAAGGGGAAACCCCAACACUUUAAGCUACAGGGUGUUUUACAAGAAUUCAGAUGGAAUGUACAUUUCCCCAUUUCAUGACAUACCUAUGUAUGCAGAUGAAGCCCAGAAUAUUUUCCACAUGGUUGUUGAAGUACCACGAUGGACAAAUGCAAAAAUGGAGAUUGCCACAAAAGACCCUCUCAACCCAUUAAAGCAGGAUGUGAAGAAGGGCAAUUUGCGCUACGUGGCCAAUGUUUUUCCACAUAAAGGUUACAUCUGGAACUAUGGUGCAAUCCCUCAGACAUGGGAAGACCCUGGUCACACAGACUGUGAUACUGCAUGUUGUGGUGACAAUGACCCAAUUGAUGUCUGUGAAAUAGGUAGUAAGAUAUGUGUACGAGGAGAGAUUAUUAAAGUGAAGGUCCUAGGUGUGUUGGCAAUGAUUGAUGAAGGUGAAACUGACUGGAAAGUUAUUGCAAUCAAUGUUGAUGACCCAGAAGCAAAGGACUUGAAUGACAUUAGUGAUGUUCAACGACUCAAGCCAGGCUACCUCGAAGCUACUGUGGACUGGUUUAGACGAUACAAGGUGCCAGAUGGGAAGCCUGAAAAUCAGUUUGCAUUUAAUGGAGAGUUCAAAGACAAGGACUUUGCCAUUAAGACUAUCAAAAGCACCCAUAAUUUCUGGAAGGCACUUCUAUCACAACAGACCAAUACUGAGUGUCUGAGCUGCAAAAACACUUGCAUGUCAAAGCCAGGCAGCCCAUUCUACUUCUCACCAGAUGAAGCCAAAGCAGUUGUUGAUGGUACUUCUCCAUGUGGAGAUCCAGGUUCCAUUCCCGACUUGGUUGACAAAUGGUUUUAUUAUGAAAAAUGAAGAAAGGAGGGGAAAAAAAACAAAAUAGAUGCACCAGUCUAAUCUCAUCUGUGUAGACUAUGUAUGUGUAAGAAGAGAUGAGUAAUUGACAUUUUCUGGGAAAUUUGUAUCAUGGUAGCAGAGAGUUAAUGUGUCUUGCUAAAAUAUUUUUUUUUCAUUUUAUUUAAUCAGUGUCAUAGAUAUUGUAGUCUAUUUAACAGAUACUUAAAUUAGCAGUCUGGUCAAACUCAGGUACUGUAAGAUUAAUAAAGUUUGUUAUACCACA